UGGAGCAACCUGAGAAACCCGAGGAGGGCGGAGAGGAUCGUUUACACAGACGGGGAGGGGCGCGAAGGGAGUUAGGCGUCCAGAGACCGGAUGGCCCCGGGCUAGUUCAGACGGCCUCCUGCGCCCCAGGUCCAGAAAGACCGCUGCAGAAAGGGGCGUGGGAGGGAGGGGAGCUGCGGAGGAGGGUCACGGGUUCACUCGGCCGGCGGAGGGAGGAUGCCACCGCUGCUGGGCUCACGUCGAACCCCGGGCUGAGCUGGACUUCAGAGGCUUCUAGAGCCGGCUCACCUGCCGCGGCCCGAGCCGCGAAGUAGGCCCCCCACCGGUCCUCUCUGGCGCCCCGCUUCCCGCGCCGCGGCCGCAGGUGAGCCGAGCCCAGCCGCACCCGGAGGCAUCAGGUGUCGUGGGAACGGCGCCCGCGGCGCGAAGGGAGAGCCCGCCCCGUCUCCAGCCAUCCGUGAUACCCGGCGGGAGGGUCGGGUGCGACGGCGGCGCCAUGGAGGGGACACAGGAGGGAGCGGGGUGCGAGCUGCAGCGGUUCGGUCCCCCGGCUGCUCAGCAGCCCGCACAAGAGAUGGCAAAUGCUGAGGCUGCUGUAAGUAACUGCAGCUCUCAUGAAGAGGAAAAUCGCUGCACUUUUAACCAGCAUACAUCUCCCUCUGAGGAACUUCUAUUAGAAGACCAGAUGAGACGAAAACUCAAAUUUUUUUUCAUGAAUCCUUGUGAGAAGUUCUGGGCUCGAGGUAGAAAACCCUGGAAACUUGCCAUACAGAUUCUAAAAAUUGCAAUGGUGACUAUACAGCUGAUCUUUUUUGGCUUGAGUAACCAGAUGGUGGUAGCUUUCAAGGAGGAGAACACUAUAGCAUUCAAGCACCUCUUCCUAAAAGGAUAUAUAGACAGAAUGGAUGACACAUAUGCAGUGUAUACACAAAGAGAUGUGUAUGAUCAGAUCGUCUUUGCAGUGAACCAGUACUUGCAGCUAUGCAACGUCUCAGUUGGGAAUCAUGCAUUCGAGAACAAGGGAACGGAGCAGUCGGCCCUGGCAGCCUGCUGGCACUUCUACAAGCAAGGAAACAUCUAUCCUGGAAAUGAUACCUUUGACAUUGACCCAGAAAUUGAAACUGAAUGUUUAUUUGUGGAACCAAAUGAACCUUUUCACAUUGGAACACCAGAAGAAAAUAAACUCAACUUAACACUGGACUUUCACAGACUCUUAACAGUGGAGCUGCAGUUCAAACUGAAGGCCAUUAACCUGCAGACCAUUCGUCAUCAUGAGCUCCCGGACUGUUACGACUUUACUCUGACUAUAACUUUUGACAACAAAGCCCACAGUGGAAGAAUUAAGAUAAGUUUAGAUAAUGACAUUUCCAUCAGAGAAUGUAAAGACUGGCAUGUAUCUGGAUCAAUUCAGAAGAACACUCAUUACAUGAUGAUCUUUGAUGUCUUCAUUAUUCUGACAUGUUUGGCUUCGUUAAUCCUGUGUGUUCGAUCUGUGUUGAGAGGACUUCAGCUUCAGCAGGAAUUUGUCAAUUUUUUCCUCCUCCAUUAUAAGAAAGAAGUUUCUGUUUCUGAUCGAAUGGAAUUCAUCAAUGGAUGGUACAUUAUGAUUAUUAUUAGUGACAUAUUGACCAUCAUUGGAUCAAUUCUGAAAAUGGAAAUUCAAGCUAAGAGUCUAACAAGUUACGAUGUCUGUAGCAUACUUCUUGGGACCUCUACCAUGCUUGUGUGGCUUGGAGUUAUCCGCUACUUUGGUUUUUUUCAGAAAUACAAUCUCCUCAUUCUCACCCUCCAGGCGGCACUGCCCAAUGUCAUCAGGUUCUGCUGCUGUGCAGCCAUGAUUUAUUUAGGCUAUUGCUUCUGUGGAUGGAUUGUGCUGGGGCCUUAUCAUGAUAAGUUCCGUUCUCUGAACAUGGUCUCUGAGUGCCUUUUCUCGCUGAUAAAUGGAGAUGAUAUGUUUGCCACAUUUGCAAAAAUGCAGCAAAAAAGUUACCUGGUCUGGCUGUUUAGCAGAAUUUACCUCUACUCAUUCAUCAGCCUUUUUAUAUACAUGAUUUUAAGUCUUUUCAUUGCACUAAUCACUGAUACGUAUGAAACAAUUAAGCAUUACCAACAAGAUGGCUUUCCUGAGACUGAACUUCGUUUAUUUAUAUCAGAGUGCAAAGAUCUGCCUAAUUCUGGAAAGUACCGAUUAGAAGAAGACACUCCAGUAUCUAUAUUCUGCUGUUGUAAAAAGUAGCUGUUAGGCUAAUCUGUGCUCUGGAGGGGAUAUAUUAUGUAAAUGAGUUGGGAGAUAAAAAUGGGUAUUAUCAGUUGUAGUAUGUCUGAAGACUACUAUUUUGAGCAAAUUGAUGACUAUAAUUCAUCAAGAACUGUGUUUAUAUUUUUAAAGCAAUAUUUAAUGUCUAUAGCUUUGUGCUAGGUUUAUUUUAAAAAAACCCACUUUGAUGAGGGAAACUUUUGGAUUCUUGUCCUGUUUGUUUUGCCAUAGUUUUAGAAUAUGUUUUCCAUACUUUUCUUUACUCUCGCUUCCAGUUAUUUUGACUAUGCUGACUGUGUCAUCAGUAGAAACAGUUCCUGGUCUGAUGUCAGCCAAGUCACUAACCCUGGCCUGGACCAUUCUCAGUGGUCAUCUGAGAGACGGGAAGGUUGCUCUCUAUCCAGUAAUCAUUGGUGGCUCAGAUGGUAAAGAAUCUGCCUGUAGUGCAGACCUGGGUUUGAUCCCUGGGUGGGGAAGAUGCCCUAGAGUAGGAAAUGGCAACCCAGUUCAGUAUUCUUGCCUGGAAAAUUCCAAGGACAGAGGAGCCUGGUGGGCUAUAGUCCAUGGGGUGGCAAGAGUUGGACAUGACUGAGUGACUUUAACUUUCAAAAGAAAGAAUGAGAAAGAAAAAAGUCACCAGCUAACAGUCACAUAUUUGGUUCUGAAGGACAACUGUUAUUUGAUACUCUUGAUUUCUGGAGAAGAUCAGAUUUUUUUUGUACUCAAGUAUAGGUUUUCUCCUUUCCUAUAGUAUUAAAGGACAAACUUGAAAGAGUAUUCUAUAAAUCUGUGAAAAUUAAAGUGCAUACCAAAUGCAUAUUCAGUCCCACAAGGAUCGAUUUAUUGGUACUUGCACAGCCUUGUGAAAAGUGCAUGAUGCACCAGGUCCCUUGGGGGAACAUUCAUUCUCACAGAAAAGAGUAGCGUCUCAGGGUCACUAAUCGCGGUUUCAUGGGGAGAAGUUCUAUAACGGACAUGAAAAAUGUUUUGGAAAACAAUUAUGUUCAAAAUUUAAAAAUAAAUGGGAAAUGUAUGCCUUAAAAAGACACAAAACCAAAGUCUCCACUCCUUGCAGACUGCUGAUUAGAAGCUUCAGGGAUUUUCACAACAUAAGUCUUUGUUUUGUGUGCUAUUUAUUCAAACAAAUUAAUUCAAUGAUGUGAUGUGCAAUAAAGGUUUUCUGAAAGCAAGCUCUUUUUUUCCAAGGAAAUUGAUUAUUUUUUUAUUUUAACCUCGAGACUCUGAAAUCUUAUUGUUUAACACAAUAACAUUCAUAAUAAUGACUCUUGGUGUCAAAAUGUGAGAUUCUGCAAUGAAUAUAAGCUAUUUUGUAGUACCUGUGGCUUUAAAAAACUAGAAAUCUAAUCUAUAGGUUAAUUUUUUUUCUUUGUUCUAAUAUUUGUGUCACAAUCAUUUUUGGAAUUUGCUAGAAUGCAUUGAGUCUUGAGAUUGUGUUCAUUAUCUGACAGAUACUUCUUUUUACCCCUUGAGAAGUUUUUGGAUUGGCAGUAAUAUUUCAGUGGAAAUGUGAGACCGCUGACUUACUACUCUGAGGUUUUGCUUUGCCCUGAAGUCACUAUGUUCCUCCUGUGAAAAUACAGCCAAUGACUUGGCACCUUCACAUCUUUCUCUUGAUUGUUCAAGAUUUCUUAUUGUCAGGAAUCCGUGAUAAAGUCCAAGGCCUAAUUUUUAGUAAUCAUCCUUAUGGUCUUAGCUGGAAAGCUUCUAAGUUUCUCACUGUUAGGUAGGAUAUGGGCUGUAGAUUUUUCACAGAUGUUCUUAAUCGAGUUGAAGAUAUUUCUCUCUGUUCCUAGUUUGCCGACAAUUUUUAAAAUCAUGAAUGAGUAUUGGAUUUUGUCAAAUGAAUUAUUUGCAUCUAUUGAUAUUAUUGUGAUUUUUUUUUGAGCUUACUGAUAUGAUGAAUUAUAUUAGUUUGAGUUUAGAGUGUUGAACUAACUUUGCAUACCUGGAAUAAAUCCCAGUUGGUUGUGGUGUUUGAUUAUUUUUAUAUAUUGUUGCAUUCAAUUUGCUAAUCUUUUUUUGUUGAGAAUUUUGCAUCUAUGUUCAUGAGAGAUAUUGGUGUGUAGCUUUUUUGUUUGUAAUGUCUUUAUCUUUUUUUGUUGUUAUCAGGGUAAUGCUAGCUUCAUGAAUAUGUUAGGAAGUAUGAUCUUUGCUUCUGUCUUCUGGAAGAGAUUAUAGAGAACUGGUAUAAUUUCUUCCUUAAAUGUUUGGUAGAAUUUACCAGUGAACCCAUCUGGAUGGGUCUUUCUGCUUCAGAAGAUUAUUAAUUAUUGAUUCAAUUUCUUUAAUAGACGUAGGCCUAUUGGAUUGUCUGUUUCUUCUUACAGGCCAAGAAUAGACCCACAUCAAUGUAGUCAACCAAUCUUUGACAAGGAGCAAAGGCAAUACAGUUGAGCAAAGACAGUCUUUUUCACAAAUGGAACAACUGGAUAUUUACAUACAAGAAAAUGAACCUUGACAUAGACUUUACAUCUGUCACAAAAAUUAACUCAAAAUGGAUCAUAGUUGUAUAUGUAAAAUGUAAAAUUGUAAGAUUCCUGAAAAAAAA